AUGGGUUCCCUGUGUUCAUUUGUGUUUUGGUUUAUGUCUCUGUGCAACCUGUGUUUAACUUGUGUUCAUUUGUGUUUUGGGUUUAUAUUAUGUCUCUGUGUACCUGUGUUUUACCUGUGUUCAUGUAUACCCUUGUUCCUAGUUGUAUCUCCCUGUGUUAAUUAGUGUCUCCGCCCCCUUGUUUGUAACCAUGGUUAUUCAUUAUGUUCAUGCCUCUCCCCUUGUGUGUUGUCCUGGUUACUCAUUGUUCCUGCUUUGUCAUUGGUUAUUGUCAUGCAUAUAUACUCUGCCUGUUCAGUCCUUGUUUGUGGUUUGUCGUAAGAUGUCGCUAGUCUCUUGUGUUCCCUGGUUUUGUUUUUGCCUUGUUUUCACCUUUUAUUUACAAUAAACUGCACUUGGAUCCGCACCUUUUGCCUCAUCUUGUCUCAACCGUGACAGAACAAACCACCAACUAGGAUCCAGCAGCAAUUCAUCAUUCCCCGUGUUUUUUCAAGUCCCCUGGAUUAUUCAUAGUAUUAGCAUGCAGCGUGUUGGCAGCAUUUACAUUCAGGCUUGUCCUCCCUCCACGGAGCAGGAGUUAUGGGACAAAGCAGUGGAGUUAGACGCCCUCCGUCAGCGGGGGCAACCUGUGAAUAGUCUCGCCCAUGUAUUUUUAACUUUGGCGACUGGUUUGGGCUACACUGAAGCGGAGCUGAACUACGCGUUUAACAACUGUCUGGAUGACCCUUUGCCGCUUUGGCAAAUGGCUGGGCUCGAACAGAUGGAGUUUGUCGAGUUCGUCCAUUACGUGGACAAGUGUAGCGGGAGAUAUGCUCGAUGCACACCAGAGACACUUGAAUGCAGGACCGCUGCUCCCGUGCAUAGGACUAUUGAGACUUCCGUGCCGGUGAACACUACCCCUUCGCGUUGCUCACGACACCGGCGACGGAGGAAGAAAUCCCUGCCCGAGCAAGCCACUGUAAGUACGGACGCUAAUUCCCCGAGUUUUGUUUCCCCUGGGUCAGCGCCCGUGCUUAAAAUGGCCGCCACUUCAUCCUACUCCAUACCUCAGUUCGCUACUGUUAAUCCAUCCCCAGUUUUCGAGUUUGCCACAUCCAUACCAGCUCCGAUUUAUCAGAAAGCCACCAUCAUCACCGUUCCAGUUGUUAAGGGUGCAGUAAUAACACCUACAUACAUUCUCAGAAUGGCUCCCAUACCCGAAUCCAUUGAGUCCUCCGAGCCGAGUGAAUCUCCUGAGUCCUCCGAGCCGAGUGAAUCUCCUGAGUCCUCCGAGCCGAGUGAAUCUCCUGAGUCCUCCGAGCCGAGUGAAUCUCCUGAGUCCUCCGAGCCGAGUGAAUCUCCUGAGUCCUCCGAGCCGAGUGAAUCUCCUGAGUCCUCCGAGCCGAGUGAAUCUCCUGAGCCGACUGAGUCUUCUGAUUCCCCUGAGCCGACUGAGUCUUCUGAUUCCCCUGAGCCGACUGAGUCUUCUGAUUCCCCUGAGCCGACUGAGUCUUCUGAUUCCCCUGAGCCGACUGAGUCUUCUGAUUCCCCUGAGCCGACUGAGUCUUCUGAUUCCCCUGAGCCGACUGAGUCUUCUGAUUCCCCUGAGCCGACUGAGUCUUCUGAUUCCCCUGAGCCGACUGAGUCUUCUGAUUCCCCUGAGCCGACUGAGUCUUCUGAUUCCCCUGAGCCGACUGAGUCAUCUGUGCCCACUGAGUCAUCUGUGCCCACUGAGUCAUCUGUGCCACAUUGGUCAGCUAGUGUGGCCACCCCAAAGCUCCAGAGACUUUCUAUUGUCACCAGUACUAUGGCCAGUACAGAACUCUCUGCCUGUUUCACGAUGGCUGUCCCCAAACUCAUUGCCCUGUCUAACCAGGCCCAGAGGGUCUCUCUCUGUUGUUUUCUUCUACCCAGGAUCCUGAGACCACCAGCACCACCCUGGUAUCCAGUUCCUCUCUGGCCUCUGGCUCCGCCCUGGGUUCCUGCUCUGCCGGCUCCGCCCUGGGUUCCUGACCUGUCCAGGCUUUUUGCCCUGCCGGCUCCACCCUGGGUUCCUGCUCUGCCGGCUCCGCCCUGGGUUCCUGACCUGUCCAGGCUUCUUGCCCUGCCGGCUCCACCCUGGGUUCCUGCUCUGCCGGCUCCGCCCUGGGUUCCUGCUCUGCCGGCUCCGCCCUGGGUUCCUGCUCUGCCGGCUCCGCCCUGGGUUCCUGCUCUGCCGGCUCCGCCCUGGGUUCCUGCUCUGCCGGCUCCGCCCUGGGUUCUGUCUCCGCCUGCGGCUUCUCCUUGGUCCCUGUCUCCGCCUGCGGCUCCUCCUUGGUCCCUGUCUCCGCCUGCGGCUCCUCCUUGGUCCCUGUCUCCGCCUGCGGCUCCUCCUUGGUCCCUGUCUCCGCCUGCAGCUCCGCCUUGGUCCCUGUCUCCGCCUGCGGCUCCGCCUUGGUCCCUGUCUCCGCCUGCGGCUCCGCCUUGGGCCCUGUCUCCGCCUGCUGCGCCGCCUUGGUCCCGGUCCCCGCCUGCGGCGCCGUCUUGGUUCCUGUCUCCGCCUGCGGCUCCGCCCUGGCCCUUGGACUUUUGUGGCCUUGGCCCACCAUCCCUCCCCCGGGUCCACCUCCAUGCCACCGCCCUCCUAGACUGUUGUACUUUGGGGUUUUCUGGGGGGCGUCUGGAAGCCGCCCCUUUGAGGGGGGGCUAUGUAACAUGGGUUCCCUGUGUUCAUUUGUGUUUUGGUUUAUGUCUCUGUGCAACCUGUGUUUAACUUGUGUUCAUUUGUGUUUUGGGUUUAUAUUAUGUCUCUGUGUACCUGUGUUUUACCUGUGUUCAUGUAUACCCUUGUUCCUAGUUGUAUCUCCCUGUGUUAAUUAGUGUCUCCGCCCCCUUGUUUGUAACCAUGGUUAUUCAUUAUGUUCAUGCCUCUCCCCUUGUGUGUUGUCCUGGUUACUCAUUGUUCCUGCUUUGUCAUUGGUUAUUGUCAUGCAUAUAUACUCUGCCUGUUCAGUCCUUGUUUGUGGUUUGUCGUAAGAUGUCGCUAGUCUCUUGUGUUCCCUGGUUUUGUUUUUGCCUUGUUUUCACCUUUUAUUUACAAUAAACUGCACUUGGAUCCGCACCUUUU